CGGGGAUGAGGCCGAUAAUCAUCAAGAUAGACGGUUUUCUGCCGAGCGGUGACGUCCCACGCUAAUCUGGGAAAGGCCGACAGCCAUGUGAGGGGCGCUAAACCAAACACGGUGAAAUAUAUCUCUACCAAACUAUCUCUCGUGGGACCGGUCAACUUUAUCGGCUUUCUGACAGGUCCAGUUCCUCGAUGAGCUUUCUUCAAAAAGGCCUGCACGAAGAGUUCAACUCAAAGAUAACCAUAACGAGCACCAGGCUCUUUGUUUACUUACUCACUUUUGGAUCACUGGUCUUUCUUUGCUGGACUGAACUUCAUCCCCACGAGGCCAUAUCAUGGCUCGCCUAAAUGAUCUGGCUCCGCCCGCGGAAUCAAUCGAAGCUCUGAAGAGACGCUUCAUCAGGCAGAACCGGGAACUUGCAAGAGCCAACUCAAUCCAGUCGCUGCGUAUUCAGGCACUAGAAUCAGAAAUAUCACGGCUGCUCUGUCAGAAUACGUCCCUGCAUUCACAGGUCAUAUCGCUGAACCAUGAGAUCGAGAGAUACGAGUCGGCAAAGGCUUUGAAUGAUGGCGUCCACAAUCUGAAGGCAAGGCUAGACUCUAAGCUGGCAGAACUCGGCAAUCUGGUCGCCGAGCUAGGAGCGUUGCCGCGUAAAGUGAACAGGAAGACCGUGUCUGAGGCGGCGGCUUCGGGAGUUGAUGAGGAAAGGCAAUCACACAUAAAUUAUCGACGGGAAGAGCUUGGACCGGAAGCUAUCGCAGGCUUCGAUGAUGGGCGACUUCCUGUCAUACUCGAGGAUAAAUAUUACCCCAGGAAGACCUUGGAGCCGAGAGAACUGGAGGACAUGGAAAAUGAUGUGCCAGGUUCUCCGGAAUUAGGCCCUCCACCCGUCGCACAUUUGGACCCCGAAGACAGUCCCACUCGUGAAGAAUGGACGGAACCCUUCGAAUACGUCAAACAAACAUACACAGAACCCGAGGACGACUACAAGGGCUCUCUCUAUAGCCAGCAGCCUAGGAAAAGGGGGAGACCUCGUCUACUGUCGGCACCUAUCAAGGGUGACAAGGGAAGACCGGACCCCAGUGUGCCGUUGGAAGAAUCUAAGUCUGGUGUGAAAUCAGGGCACAAACGAAAAUUCGAUGCCGAUGAGGAGGAUGAAAGCCACUCGUUGGAUGUGACCGAGCUUGAAGACGACUUUAAAUUUAACCGGACAGAUCGUGCUUCAGAUAAGGUACUGGGGCAUCCAGCUGCGCAAUCCCCACAGCCAGAUGUCGGACAAGAAGAGACUCCUCGAGACUUGAAGGACCAAGUAAGGAUCAGACGCAAAGUGCUAGAGCCAAAAAGCACCAAUAUGAACAAUACAUCUCCUAAAAAGCAACGCGCCUCAGAGAAUAAGAAAAACCGUGUACCAGAAGACGGUAGGAAAACGACUCGGGCUGAUUCUUUGGCCAAACCACGGCAAAUAAAGCAGGAGGAUGAAAACUCCAUAUCAGAGCGCUAUGCAUUUCACAAAGGAAAGAGCGGUAAAGCAGACAUCGACAUGAACGAGAAAGCCGAGGCCACCUCACAUACACCAGCAAAAUUCGUCUCACCACAACUCCAGAGUGUCUCUGCAACUACCCCGAGUGAAUUGGGAGGCUCCGCGCGACCAGCUAGACGCCCUCGAAACGUCGUGAGUUAUGUGGAACCCAACUUGAAGGCCAAGAUGAGGCGGCCAACAGAAGAACUCAUUACUGCGGUUCCGGAGGAUCAUUCUCGAAGAACCUCCAAUUCCCGGACGAGCGCUGGACGUGGUGAAGAAGGGGAAACCAUCACUCCUGGGGCGGAAAUGGAAGACGGAAGGAAGUCACAGACCUUGUCAACCGAUAGCGUGUCCCAACUACAGGAACCGGGUUCCCCGUCACCUACUACAGAACGAGGUCAAGCAACUAUUUCAGGAAAUAGAAAAGGCUCGGACCGUAGACGCCGUACCGGACGUGGAGAAUCGUUAAGCACUGCAGCGGAAGAUGCGCUGCAACCUGAACUAGAUACCGACUCUGGCUCAGCUAUGUCAACCGGAAAAGGGUCCUCGACAGUGACUCGCCAAUCUCGACGACACUCUUCAAACCCAACUGGAUAUCAUACGAAGUCUGGCCGAGAUAGCUCGCCUCAUCAGGACGCUGAGUAUCUCACAUCAACUCAUUCCUCCGAGACGCGAUCACACCGAGGACGGAGACGUGGAGAAAGUACGAAUGAAGUGGUGGAGGAUGAUGACAUGAAAGGCACUCGCCUUCGAGCAGAUGCCAGGGGGUCUCUUGAGCCGGACGAUGCAGGGUCAUCCACCGCGAAAAUAGCAAUCAGCGCAUCGAACAAGGCUUUGAUGGAAGCGGAACUGCUGAGACGCGGAAGAGUUUCGGCUAGAAGACGAAGCAUGAUGUUCUGAUCGUCUUGUUUUCCGCAGUAUCUUCUUAUUGGUACUUGUUAGACAGUGCCAAGCCCCUUCAGGAGGGCAUUUCUGUUCAUCGUGCUGUAUAAUCAUGGGUUAAUUGGAUAUUCGACGUUGUUUAGCCUGGGCAAUAGAUACCCCAUGUCGAUUUAUAAUGCAAAAAGAAAUCUUAUAUACUUUUCUUAUUU